UUGAUAAAAAGAACUUCGAAAUAUUUUGAAGUGAGCAUAAUAUUCAAUAGUGACAUAAAUAUGAGAUAUUUAAUUUCUUUUCACAUGUAUAUUAUAUAAUGUACCAUAUUUUAUAUAUACAACUUUUUUCGUCAGUUACAUAAAAAUAUUUCUCCAUUACAUUCAAAUUGCCAUACGCAAUUUGACGAUAUUACGCAGCUGAAACGAAAAAAUCGCAGAUGACUCGCGCGAUCCACGCAUACAUCAUUAUAUUUUGCUAGAUCAAGCAAAAAACGGGGCCGUGAUUUGAAGGUAAAAAUAUGAAGAAGCGACGGCCGCGUGCAAAAAAUUAUUCCGCACCGCAAAAAUAUUCCCAUACGCAUGAAUGUUUUCCAACCAGAACAAGGAGCACUCACAAUUCGAAAGAACAAAGUUUUAAACAAAGCUAUUCUAAACUUCAGCAAAACGAUGGAUAUUAUGAUAAUACGUCGUGUCUAAAGAAAGAAGCGUUUGAUUCGCUUGAAUCUCUCUUCAACUUGAAGAAGCCAUUGAAUUUACGCGAUGUAUUUCCUUUAGCAUUCUACUAUUAUAAGCAAAAAUUAAUCAGAACAUCUAAUGUUACGAAAUCAGAACCCCUCGUAGAAACACUAUUUCUACAAUCCUUUUCGCCACAGACAAAUCUCGAACUGUUUGUUUCCAAGGCGUACGAAAAACAUGACAGAGUAAAAGUUGAACAAAAUGAAAGUGAUCAAAUAAAGGCAAGCAAAGAAAAAAAAUUCUUGUUAGAAGUGUCGAAAUCGAUAAAAUUGCAGCUAAACGAUUUGAAUUAUUAUCAACAAAAUAGCUCAGUAAAUAUGACCGAAAACAAAAUAUCAGACAACGAGAUACGAGAAGAAGAGAAACCAAUAGUUGAAAAUAAUAUUGUAGACGAAAGAUCUAUUGCAACGAUAAAUGAUCUUAGGGAAGAUCAUGAAGAUGAGCGUGAAGACAAAGACAAAGACGAAGUUAAAGAAGAUAAAACUGAUGAUAAAGAUGAGAUUGAAGAACAUAAAAUUGAUGAAGACAAAACUGAAGGGUAUAAAAUUGAUGACAAAGAUAAAGAAAAUGAUAAAAUUGAUGACCAAAUCAAAGUUGAAGGAGAUAAAGUUGAUAUCGAAGAAGAAGAAAUAGAUGAAACGAUGAAAUUUGAAAAGUUUGUAAAGCCGACAAUAAGUGCAUCUCUUCUAACCGAUGACAUAAUCAUAGAAUUAAAAGUAAUGAAUGAGAGAUGCAUUCUAUUAACGGAUGAAAUUCAACAAUUAAAACGUGAACUUUCCGAGUUAUCACAGAAACCUGAGUUAACAGAAGAAGAAACUCUAGCGAUUCAAGAAAAACAAAACAUUAUUACGUCGAAAGUAGCUGAACUGGACCAAUUGAGGCCAAAAAUUGAAAAAGCGCGAGAAGAGGUAGAACGGCGACGUGGUGAAGAAAAAGUUGAAAUAAAAAAAAAAGAGAUAGAACCAUUCAAAAAAAUUCUGGAAGAAGAUCACUUCGAGAUACCGCAGAUACAAUAUCCUGAAGAUAAACUUCCGAGAGUAAUUGUUUGCGGCUACACGGACGUGCUUCCAAAACUCGUGGUAGCAGAUACCGAACGGAAGGGGAGAGAAAAGUGUUUUGAAAAGUUAACCGGCAAACUAAUGGAAUCUUUGACGAUGCAGGAAAAAUUGGUUAAAGAAAACGCGCAACUGGAAGGUGGAAAGUACAAGUUAGAAGAAGCCUUGCUAGAAAAAGAUACAGCCCUCGAAAGUUUACAGAGGAAGGUAUGCGGCCUGCAAGCAGAAAUGCGUAUAAUUGUCAAAGAGAAUAUGGAGUUGAGCCGCCAAUUAGCCACUCUAAAUCAGUUAGUGAUUAGGCCUACUUGCUGUUACACCUGUCCAGGUGUUACUCUGUCUCCUCCGUCAACGUCGCCGCCGUUAUCAUCGCGUCCGCAUGUCAGCGCGCAACAUCGGGACGACGUUUAUUGUCAAUGCAAAUGCUGUUUUCAAUCACCGCUCACUGACCCUUUAUCGCCAACUACGAAAACCGCAUGCAAUUCACCAAGGCUUUCAGGAGGUGGAUCGCCAACAGAGGAUCGCAACGAUUAUAUCGGAGAUAGCAACGUGGAGAUGUGUUCCCGAGGUCCGACCGUUGUCAAGUCAUUGCUUCCUCGGGGAACAUGUCCUGCAGAAUUGGAAGAAAAACUUGCGACCUAUGGCACUAGCACUAAACAAUUAGAACAACAAUUAGGCAGUAUGGAGACUGAGGUGCGUAACAUGCAGAUGGAAUUAGCAAAUGUGCAACGGGAGCGGCAGCAACUAGAGCAACAACGAAAACUGCUUAAAUGUACAGGACCUUGUGCACCGUGCGCUUGUUGUCCACCUCCAACUUCGACAUGCGUGACACCCGCGCCAGGACUUCCGUUAACUAUUCCGUCAAAAGUACCCUCCGUGGUACCUCUCGCCCAGGUGACUACGCAGGCUGUACCUCCGAUGGGCACUGUUUCUUCCACAAACGCUGCAGCCAUAGCUACCAUUACUUGCGUUCAAUAGCAAUUACGCGAUCUUCGUGAACAAUACGCCCGUCUUCAGGAUGAUUAUAAAAGCAAAUUGUGCGAGGUAUCAUGUAUGAGAACAGAAGCGGAGAAAUUCAAGCAAGACAUUCGCGAUGCAAGGGAAGAGAAGGAACGAAUGGAGAUAAAACUGAUAGAUGUUCAAGAGCGAUUGAAAUUUUUGGAAACGGAAAAGGGAAAAUUCGAAGGUCAUAAGGAACAUCUUAUCGAACAGGAACAAGCUCUGAUGGUGGCGAAGCAACGCUUUCGAGAAGCACAAGAUGAAUUAGAGGAGCUUCGUUCCUUGAUUCAAGAUCAAGCUGCCCAAUUGGAGGAUUAUCGCAAUAAAUAUUUGCAAGCCCAGCAACAAGUUGAAGAACAACGCAGACAACUGGACCUUAUGGAAAUGGACAAUGCGCGAAUGAAUGAAAAUGUUACUUUAGAAAUCGGACGUGUUAAAAAUCAAUUUCAAGAAAAAUUAGCCGAGCUUGCACCGUUGCCCGAUAUCUUGAAACAAAUGCAAAUGAAGAUGCAGGAAGCGCAACAGAUGCGCUUAGUCGCCGAACGUAGCUGCGAGGAUCUGUCGCGAGAAUUAUUAGGAUGCAAGGAUAAAAUUCAAACUUUGCAAAAUCAAUUGGACGUAUUGCGCACUGAAUAUCAGACGCUUCAGGAUGCAAGGGGACUCGGAUCGGGUAAGUCCGAAGAGAUGGAAAAAAAAUGCAGCGAGUUACGACACGAAAACGAACGAAUAAAAAACACAUUGGCGCGAUUUGAGGAACACGAGGCACAGUUGCAAAAACGCAUUGACGAAAAAAUGCACGAAAACACGCAGUUGUCAUCAAUGUUGGAGCAGAUAAGGGAAGAUUCCGCUCGACAAGUAGCGAGAACAAAGGAGCGAUGCGAAACCAUGCGAAGAUCGAUGCAGGGCCAAAUCGCCGAAAUGGAAAGGCAAUUGGCACAAUGUAGAGCAACAGCACGUGCCGCCCAACGGGAUAGAGAUGAGAUCAGGCAAAAGAUGCAGAGUCAAAUAAAUAACUUGAACGAGGCAUUUAAACACGCGCAAGGCCGUAUAAAGUCGUUACAAGGCCACGUUAACUAUCUCAAGACUUCGUACAGUAAUAUCUUUCUCGGCCAAGGAGAAGCACCAACAAAUGCUUUGCCAGUGGAAGAUACCUGCGAUUGCAAUUAUUAAAUGUGUGCACACGAUCCUUCAAUAAUAAAGCUAUAUAUUUUGGUUCAAUAUAACGAAAUUAAAAUAUACUACUCAACGUAGCACACAAGCCUCUCUUGUUAUGCAUUUAUACUUUAAAUGACAUUUUGAUACAAUUGACGAAGUCGAAUGAUUAAUUAUUACACUGUCAUUCUUUUUACAAGUAUGUAAAUUGUGAACGACACCUUUAAAAUAUAUAUUUAAAAAAAA